AUGGUGGCAAGAGUAGUGAUGGUUUUAAUGGUGAUGCACGUUUCAUUAGCACUAGUAGGUGCUCUUAAAACAUGCGAUAAGUGUGGAAGCAUGGAAGUUCCGUAUCCCCUAAGCACGAACCAAAAUUGUGGUGAUCCAAGGUACAAGAUCUACUGUAACAGUAAUGUUCUUGAGUUCGUAUCAGCUGAAAAAUCCAUCUAUAAGAUUCUUAGUAUAAACCCUAGUAAAUACACUUUUGUUAUUAGUCCUCCAACCAUUAAGAGUGGUACUUGCCAAUCUUCUGAUCUCAUGGUAGGAGGUUUAAGAUUGGAUGAAGAUCUCCCAUUCAAUAUAUCGCCACGAAACACGGUUAUGCUGUUGAACUGUGCUGAAAAUAUCCUUCUAUCACCGUUAAAUUGUUCAUCAACCAGUUUGUGCAGGAAGUUUGAGGAAGGAAAUGCUUGCAGGAACGAACUUUGUUGUACGUACUUGAAGGAUGCUUCCAUGAAUCAACAUAAGAUUAGGGUUAGGGUUGGAGGUUGUACUGCUUAUACUUGUGUUGUUAAUAUGAACCCUAAUAACCCUCCAAGCUCCUGGAACUAUGGGAUUGAACUUCAAUGGUUACCAGUACCUUAG